AUGCCUGGGCAAGUUCAGGGAGAUGAGGACAGAUUCCGACGAGUGGACCAUGAAGGAUGCCCAUGGAUAUUCAAUACCGGCCCGUUUCAUAAAUCCACCGAUGCUCGCUGCGCUGUCGAUGCUCCCAAAGACAACCUCUCAUGCCGAGGUGUCCGACGUGCUCCACCUCCUUUUUCUCCUGAAUAUCCGUCCUCGACAUACGUUGGCCAUCCUGUUGUGACCUGCAUGCUGUCCAGCAUAGGAGAACUGACGCCUGGCUCGUAG